AUGGAAUCCUGGAUGCACCGCAAUACGGCAGUCAUCGAUCCUCGGCAACCUAGAUAUGCCCCUAUUUUACCAGUGGAAAUAUGGGAGAAGAUUUUCGCAUUUGCAACACAUAUACCCGGUUGCUUCGAAGUUGACGACGACUACGCUGCCAUAGCCGCUUUCACUCGCGACCGCCAUGGAAUAUGUCUCAGCAAUCGAUAUAGAGAAGCGAUGCAGGCGAAGCUUGCAUUUUGCCUUGUCUGCAAAUAUUGGAGCAGAGUCGCACAGCCGAUCAUAUUCGAACAUCUUCGAAUAAGGGCAGGAGAAGACGCCAGUCUCAUUGCGGACACCCUAAAGAGGUUGUCACCACAGAAAGAUUGUCGGGAAGGUCCUGGAAGAUGGACGAUUAGGAUUGACCUCGUUCUGGAAGGAGUCCACGCGUGGUUACCCGAGCACACGAUCGCGAUGUCCCGUAUUUUCAAACAUUGUCCGAAUCUCGCGUCUUUUUCCUCGGCUUUUUCGACAGACGAACCAUGGACAUACGAGCUUCCCAAAAUUCUGAGGCGUCUCUCGCAAAAUUCUAGAUUGACGCGCCUGGAAGUCAAGGCUGACCAUUGUAUAUUACCUAUCAUCGAGGAGACCUUGGGGAAUCGCUUAGAAAUAUUGUGGCUAGUUCCUUGCCGCUGCUUGUUGUCGCUGGAUCGUUUGAAGACAAGAAUUGUUCUGCCCAACAUCCGUGCCCUGAUCGCGACAGCGGGAUGCGAAACCUAUAUAAGUAGAAUCGAGCUACCCAGCCUUCGGGCAUGCAUUUUGGGUUUAGCAACCAUGGGCUUCCCCCUUAUUAACAGAAGCUUGGUUCAAUACUGCUCGAUUUCCAACUCUUGGGGAGUCUUUGCCAACCUGAAUGACUGGCCCAGUCUAACCACAUUAUCUGUCAACAUUGGCGAGUUGGCGAACCUGAAGACUUCUUGGGAGAGGCAUAUCAGACAUGAGCAUUUGGAGUGCAUCAUGAUAGAAAACAUCGACCAUAUGCGUCGCCAAAUGCUCAUGAUGAAGCUUGACGCCUGUACGGAGCUACUCAUGCAGCUUGACGAAAUGUUGACCUCCCUUUUGUCGCCGUAUAAUUUUCCGCACCUAAAGUGCGUGAAAAUCUUUUUGUCUGUACAGGGUAGGAGCAAUACGGCUCCUAUACUUUUGGAGGAGGAAGAAAGUCUGUGGUAUACCUGGUUAAAUGCCUGCAAUGACCGUGGGGUUCGUAUCGAAGUAUCAGGAGGAGCUAUGGAAUGGACCGGAGACGAAUGGACAGAUUAUUCUCCAGAUGAGGUGUUUGAUAUGCUGUAA